GACCAACUGCGGGCCUUCAUCUGACUCGACAGGUAAUGCCUUUCAUUUUAGGUGGUGUAAAUAGAUUGGAGAUGCUCCAAUCUGCGGAUCGUUUCCUUGCUAUCGUUUAAUUAAGUCAUGCUUCUGAUAAAGCCCCAUCUGUAAAUCGCUCGGGUCAAAGUCACGGGGCCCGCGCUUGUCGGCGUGGUGACGUCAUCGCCCGGCUACACAGACACAGCUCCAGAAUGGCUGGCGCAGUGGGCAGCAGGAGCUGCAAGAAAAUUAGAGGCGCGCAGAUCAGAGAGCUUCUGGAGGCAAAAGCCAACGUUCUCUUUGACUGUGAUGGGGUGAUCUGGGAUGGCGAAAAGGCCAUCCCUGGCGCACCGGAGGUAGUGAGCUUGUUGAAGCAGCAAGGCAAAAGAGUGUUCUUCGUGACCAACAAUUGCACCAGGCCGCGGGAGCUGUACAUGCAGAAGUUUUCGCGGCUUGGGUUUACCGGGGUCGAACAGGAGGAGAUUUUCAGUUCGGCCUACUGCUCGGCGGUAUACUUGAAGGAGUUCGCCAGUCUGCAGGGUAGAGUGUACGUGAUCGGUGGCGAUGGGGUGCAGAAGGAGCUGAAGGAAGCUGGGGUGCCCUUUGUAGAAGGGGAAGUGGACGUUCCUGGGCAGACCAUCUCUGACUGUCCGCUGGAAUCGGAUGUCAAAGCGGUUCUGGUGGGCUACGACGAGAAGCUGAAUUUCCUUAAACUAGCGAAAGCCUGCUGCUAUCUUCGGGAUGCCGAAUGUCUGUUUGUGUCAACAGAUCCCGACCCUUGGCACCCGGUCCGAGGUGGCAGGAUAACUCCAGGAUCUGGAAGUUUAACUGCAGCGGUGGAAACUGCCAGCAACCGAAAGGCCAUAGUUGUGGGAAAGCCCAGCAAGUUCAUGUUUGAGUGCAUCGCAAGCCAAUUUGAUGUUGACCCUGCCCAGUCAGUCAUGGUUGGUGAUCGGCUGGAAACAGACAUUGUUUUUGGUUCAAACUGUGGGCUUUCAACGAUGCUGACCUUAACUGGGGUGUCCACUUUUGAGGAGGCACAAGCUUAUAUGGAGCGUGACACCCCAGAAACGCAGAGUAUGGUGCCUGAUUAUGUGGUGGACAGCAUUACUGACAUUUUACUGGCACUGAAAGAAUAAAUGAAGUAUCCCAUGAUAAUAUUGAUCAAGAAGAAGCCUCUUAAAAUAAAUGGAGUCCUGGCCUUAUUCACUGUAAUUUUAUGUUGAAUAUUUUUUUAGUAAAUUAUUGUAGUACCAUUACAUCAUAAAACCAGUGUUUUUUGAUUGUGAAGUGUCUAUCUGGGUGCCAAAUUUAAAAUGUUUAUACUUGAUGUAGAAACCGUACAACACACACAUACGUUCACGCUGCAGUCAGAGUGUCAUUAAAUGUUUAUCCUGAGGAUUCUUCCUUGAGAGAGAGAGAAUAUCUAUGUGUAAAUAAACAAGUACUCAGUAAACAGGUACUGGUAAAGGUUGAAAAGAAGGAAUUUGUUAUUUUAAAAAAACAAAACAGUGUUCCAGUUUGAAAAGAAUCAAAAAAGAUCUGGUAACACUGUUUUUCAAAGUUUAUCCAGAAUAUACAAGUGUUUCUCAGCACCACAGAAGUCUGAAAUUGAAGGACCAUAUACAAUUAAAUACUAUACCAUUAUUAAUAGGCUUUCUGGUACUAUAUUUGGGUUAAUUAAAUGAAAAUGAUAAAAUAAAUUAAGACGGUUGAAUAAAAAUUAUACUUUCUAUUAGCUACUUUUUAAAUACUGGAAGGGUCCAUAGUGAGAAAAUAACAUUACGCACACACUUCGAAAGAUUCUUUUGUUUAAGACAUUUCUGUAAUUAUUUGGGUGACAUAACAUACUUAUGGGGGGACAGGGUAAGGUGAAAAUUAAGUUAGACACACACAUUAGUUUAACUUCAUUGUGUUUGAAACUCCAUGACAGAAAAAGAGCAUACACAUUGUAUACAGUUUCUGUCACCUUACUCUUCAGAACAGACUUUUCUGUUUUUGAUUUCCUAAAACACAGUACACCAGUGUAUUAAUUCUGAAAAUGUUUGCACAUGUAAGGAAAGGCAAUAUCAACAUAAUUUAUGUCAUCAGUAUUGGUUAGGUUUAAGAGUUAUAGCAAUGCUUAGAAAUUUGAGUUUUAGGAUUAAUAUAAACACUGGAACAAAUACUGCACAUUAUGAACCUUUCUUUUACCCACAGGUAUGGGACCACAUUUUUAGACUGAUGUUUAAUGUAGUGACUGUUUUAAGUGAUACACUAAAGUUCUAAUGUAGAAUUCAGUAUAUUUGAUCAAAUGGGG